AUGAGCAAGCUUCUUGAUCCCUCAACAGAAAGCCACAUAGGCAUUACUGAGGGAGAAGGUAUAACAAUGACAUGGGAGAACUUGUGGGUCACUGUUUCUGAUGGAAAGAAAACGAAACCAAUUCUGGAAGGUCUUACCGGUUAUGCACAACCAGGGAGGCUUUUGGCUAUAAUGGGACCUUCUGGUUGUGGCAAAUCCACUCUUCUUGAUGCCUUAUCAGGAAGAUUGAGCCCAAACAUAAAGCAUAAAGGGAAGAUUCUAAUAAAUGGGCACAAACAAGAACUGGCUUAUGGAAUAUCAGGAUAUGUAACACAAGAUGAUGCUUUGCUUUCAACUUUAACAGCUCAGGAGACUUUAUACUACUCAGCUCAGCUUCAGUUCUCUGAUUCCAUGCCCAUAUCAGAGAAGAAGGAAAGAGCUGAUGUAACUCUCAGGGAAAUGGGUCUGCAAAAUGCCAUUAACACAAGGGUUGGAGGAUGGGGUUCUAAGGGACUCAGUGGGGGACAGAAGAGGAGACUAAGCAUCUGCAUUGAGAUCUUAACACAUCCAAGACUCUUGUUUCUUGAUGAACCAACAAGUGGACUUGAUAGUGCAGCUUCUUAUUAUGUCAUGAGAAGAAUUGCUAACCUUGUUCAGAAAGAUGGCAUUCAAAGGACUAUUGUUGCAUCUAUUCAUCAACCUAGUAGUGAAAUUUUUGAACUCUUCCAUCACCUUUGUCUUCUGUCUUCUGGUAAAACUGUAUAUUUUGGUCCUGCCUUUGAUGCUAAUCAGUUUUUUGCUUCAAAUGGUUUUCCUUGUCCAACACUCCAUAACCCUUCUGAUCAUUACUUGAGGAUCAUAAACAAAGAUUUUGAACAGGAUGCUGAAGAAGGCUUUGGUAGUGGAAUAACGGCAGAGGAAGCUAUUAAUAUUCUUGUGAAGUCUUAUAGCUUGUCUCAGAUUAAAAACAAAGUCAAUACAGAAGUGGCAAACAUAAACCAAAGUGAUUCUGGAGCAGUAGAGAAGAAGAGGGUCCAUGCUGCCUUCCUGACUCAGUGCCUUGUUCUUAUAAGAAGAUCUGCACUGAAUUAUUUCCGCGACUUGAGCAAUUACUGGCUGCGCCUUGCUGUGUUUAUUGCAAUAGCUCUAAGCUUGGGCUCUAUCUACUAUGAUAUUGGCUUUGGUGCUGGAUCUAUUCAGGCUAGAGGAUCUCUGCUUACUUUUUUCAUUUCCCUUUUGUCUUUCAUGACACUUGUUGGUGGAUUUGCUCCAAUGCUAGAGGAAAUCAAGGUAAAUUGUUUAAGUAUCCUUAUCCUUUAUUUCAAUGUUAAUUGAACUUUUUCCAAGUUUAUUUCACUACAUCAUAUGCAAUAUAACACUAAUUGUGUACAUAACAAGGUUGUCUGAGCCUUAAAAUAGUUGACACUAAUAGGACUCCAAAUGUAUCAGGUAUUUGAAAGAGAGAGAUUGAAUGGACACUAUGGAGUUACAGCAUUUCUCACAGGGAACACAUUUUCUGCUGUUCCAUACAUGCUAAUAGUAACCAUGGUUCCGGGAGUAAUAUCCUAUUACCUUUGUGGACUCCACAAAGGACUAUUCCACAAUGGAGCAGAACACUUGAUAUACUUUGUAUCAGUGCUAUUUGCCAUAGUUAUGUGGGUUGAGAGCCUCAUGCUUGUUGUAGGAAGUGUGUCCCCUAACUAUGUUAUAGGCAUGUUCAUUGCUGGUGGAGUCCAAGGAAUCAUGAUCCUAGUUUGUGGAUUCUAUAGGUUACCAAAUGAUAUUCCAAAACCUUUAUGGAAAUACCCUUUGUAUUAUCUGUCUUUUCAGAAGUAUGCACUCCAAGGGUAUUUCAAGAAUGAAUUUGAAGGCUUAACAUUUGUGAUUGGUCAUAACAUGAACAUUAGUGGUAGGGAAAUACUAAGAGAGACAUGGCAUGUGGAAAUGGGACACUCUAAGUGGCUUGAUCUUGGAAUCUUGUUUGUAAUGAUUGUUGUGUACAGAAUGCUGUUCUUAGCAAUCACUAAGAGCAAGGAGAAGUUGAAGCCUGUUUUUGCUGCUAUUACUGCUAGAUUAGCAAUGGGAGGCACUCAGGGAGAAGAAAAGGAAGACGUAACAGUGACAUGGCAGAAUUUGUGGGUUACUGUUGCAGAUGGAAACAAAAGGAAACCAAUUCUGCAGGGUCUCACCGGUUAUGCUCAACCGGGGAAACUUUUGGCCAUAAUGGGUCCUUCUGGCUGUGGCAAAUCCACGCUUCUUGAUGCCUUAUCAGGGAGAUUAAGCUCUAGCGUCAAACAGACGGGUAAAAUUUUAAUCAAUGGCCACAAACAAGCACUGGCUUAUGGAACUUCGGGAUAUGUAACACAAGAUGAUGCUAUGCUGUCAACUUUGACCGCUGGGGAAACUUUAUACUACUCAGCUCAGCUCCAGUUUCCAGAUUCCAUGUCCACUUCUGAGAAGAAGGAACGAGCUGAUAUAACACUGAGGGAAAUGGGACUCCAAGAUGCCAUUGAUACAAGGGUUGGAGGAUGGGGUUCUAAAGGCCUAAGUGGUGGACAAAAGAGGAGACUCAGCAUCUGCAUUGAGAUCCUAACACGCCCAAAGCUUCUGUUUCUUGAUGAACCAACAAGUGGACUUGAUAGUGCAGCUUCCUAUUAUGUCAUGAAAAGAAUUGCAAGCCUAAGCCUAAGGGAUGGCAUCCAAAGAACUAUUGUUGCUUCAAUCCAUCAACCAAGUAGUGAAGUCUUUGAACUCUUCCAUGAUCUCUGUCUUCUGUCUUCUGGUCAAGCAGUAUAUUUUGGUCAAGCGUCUCAUGCUAAUCAGUUUUUUUCUUCAAAUGGCUUUCCUUGCCCAGCUCUCCACAAUCCCUCUGAUCAUUACUUAAGGAUCAUAAACAAAGAUUUUGACCAAGAUGUUGAAGAAGGUUUUGGAUUCGGAGUUACUGCUGAAGUAGCAAUUGACAUCCUUGUAAAGUCUUAUGGAUCAUCUGAGAUUAAAAACCAAGUUAAUAAUGUAGUGGCAACAAUAACUGAAAGUAAUUCAGGAGCAGUUGGGAAGAAGAGGGUCAACGCCACAUUCCUCACUCAGUGCCUCGUUCUUAUGAGAAGAUCUUCGCUGCGAUUGUUUCGCGACUUGAGCAAUUACUGGCUGCUUCUUGUUGUCUUUAUUGCAGUAGCUAUUAGCAUGGGUUCCAUGUUCUAUGACAUUGGCUCAAGUAAUGGAUCAAUUCAAGGAAGAGGGUCUCUGCUUACUUUUUUGAUAUCAACUCUGGCAUUCAUGGCUCUUAUUGGAGGAUUCGCUCCAUUAAUGGAGGAAAUGAGGGUAUUUGAAAGAGAGAGACUAAAUGGUCACUAUGGUAUUAUUGCUUUUCUCACAGGCAAAAUAUUCUCAGCACUUCCAUAUAUGCUAAUGAUAUGUCUAAUUCCUGGAGGAAUAAUAUAUUACCUCUCAGGGCUGCAGAGAGGUUUAGAACACUUUGUGUACUUUGCUUCUGUUCUGUUUGCCAUUGUGCUUUGGGUUGAGAGCCUCAUGAUGGUUGUGGGGAGUAUGUUUCCCAAUUUCGUAACCGGCAUGAGCAUUGCCGGCGGAAUUCAAGGACUAACCAUCUUAACUGGUGGAUUCUACAGGCUGCCAAACGAUCUUCCAAAACCAUUUUGGAAAUACCCCUUUUACUACCUUUCAUUCCUUAAGUAUGCUUUCCAAGGAUGUUUCAAGAAUGAAUUUGAAGGCUUAAAAUUUUCCAUGGAACAAGGUGGAAGUGCAAAAACCAUUAUUAGUGGUAGAGACAUUUUGACAAACACAUGGCAGGUGGAAAUGGGGCAUUCCAAGUGGGUUGAUCUUGCCAUCAUGUUUGGGAUGAUUGUUGUAUAUAGGGUUGUGUAUUUGGCUAUUACAAAAAGCAAGGAGAAGUUGAAACCUCUUGCUGCUUCCAUUAACAAUCACCCAACAAAAGUUUUCACCAGAGAGAUUAGAAUUAAUGAUAGAGCAAGCCCUGUAUCUGAAAACCAUGGUAUCUUAGAAUAAGCUACUUGUGCUUGAGUUCAACCUAUCUUGCUCAAGUAAAUAAGCCUUUCGUUCUCAAUGUUUCAUUAUGUUAUAUUAUAUUUUUGUCAACAUAACAAGGAUUUAGCUUCUCUUUCUCUUAA